AUGGUAGAGAACUCCGAAAAAGUUCCCAUCGCCCUGGUGGGGCCUGAGGACGUCGAGUUUUGCAGUCCUCCGGUGUACGCCACGGUGACCGUGAAGCCCUCCAGCCCCGCGCGGCUGCUCAAGGUGGGAGCCGUGGUCCUCAUUUCCGGGGCGGUGCUGCUGCUCUUUGGGGCAAUCGGAGCCUUCUACUUCUGGAAGGGGAGUGACAAUCACAUUUACAAUGUCCAUUACAGCAUGAGUAUCAAUGGGAAAUUACAAGAUGGGUCAAUGGAAAUAGAUGCUGGGAACAACUUGGAGACCUUUAAAAUGGGAAGUGGAGCCGAAGAAGCAAUUGAAGUUAAUGACUUCCAAAAUGGCAUCACAGGAAUCCGUUUUGCUGGAGGAGAGAAGUGCUACAUCAAAGCCCAAGUGAAGGCUCGUAUUCCUGAGGUGGACACCGUGACCAAGCAGAGCAUCUCCUCUGAACUGGAGGGCAAGAUCAUGCCAAUUAAGUUUGAAGAAAAUUCUCUGAUCUGGGUGGCUGUAGACCAGCCCGUGAAGGACAACAGCUUCUUGAGUUCUAAAGUCUUAGAGCUCUGUGGUGACCUUCCCAUCUUCUGGCUUAAGCCCACGUAUCCAAAAGAAAUUCAGAGAGAGAGAAGAGAAGUGAUAAGAAAAAUUGUUCGGACCACCACAAGAAGACCAAGCAGUACACCACAAGGCAACCCAGGCCCUGGAAGACUGAAUAAUGAAACCAGACCCAGUGUUCAAGAUUUGGAACCCUUCAACCCAGACAAUCCUUAUCACCAGCAGGAAGGUGAAAGCAUGACAUUCGACCCUAGGCUGGAUCAUGAAGGAAUCUGCUGUAUAGAGUGUAGACGGAGCUACACACACUGCCAGAGGAUCUGUGAACCGCUGGGGGGCUACAACCCAUGGCCUUAUAAUUACCAAGGCUGCCGUUCAGCUUGCAGAGUCAUCAUGCCAUGUAGCUGGUGGGUGGCCCGCAUCUUGGGCAUGGUGUGAAAUUAUUUCAUAUACCAGGUGCUGUGAAAUAAAAAUUAGCUUGAGAAAACUAAAGAAGCAUGAGGCAACUUGAUGCUGAAGGACCACAAAGUACUUUAUACUCAAUCAGAGGGAGAUUACCCUAGACACCUUUAAAAAAAAUACUUCUCAACUGCUUAAUUUUAUCUAGUAUGUGCCAAUGUACUGAAAAGGUAGUCUAAGUCGAAUCUUUUCAUUAUUUGCUGUUUCUUUAUUCUUUGCUUUGCCAAUAAAUGCCUGCUUAUGUUUUCCCAACCUAUUUUGAAAUAAACAUGAAAAAUUACUUAAAAUUAGUCAAAGAUCUCAAUUGUACACGAGUUCUUUUUAAUCCAGUCACUAAAAGAAUUAAGCCAUUCUCUGCUGUUUUAAGUACAUAAUUCCUCAACUGUUCCUAACCUUUAUUAUUCUUU